AUGAGUGACGGACGAAAACGAUUGAGUGGUUCCGAAUAUCGCAAACAAGCUGCGAAAAAGAAACUGAAAGAUGACGAGGUUAUGGGAAAAACAAAAAAACUUUCCUCCUAUUUUAAAAGUAAACAAACUGCUACAGGUAGCUCUAACACUGAAGAAACAAGUGAAUUCUUUCAAAAAACAUUAGAUUCUGCAGAUGAGCUUAAUGAUGAAGUUUCUUCUGAAAAUCCCUUUGAAGAUUUAGAAAGACGACAAAGUGAUUUUGGCAAAGCAGUUGGUAGAGAUCGUGAGGGCUCCACAGAAUCUACAAAACGAACAGAGCAUGAUGGGGAAAUCUUCACAUUCAGCGACGACCCUGCGAAAUGGCUGAUAAACGACUCAACACGUGAUUAUAUCGCUGAACAUAACUACAAACAAAAUACGCAUCUAGAUUUUGCGCAGUCAAAGAGAAUAUAUAAUAAUGCCGUGCGAUAUUUGAAUUUAUCCUUGUUCGAAAGAAAACUUUUGAAUGGUGAAAAAACACUCCGUACCUGGCUAGUAUAUUCUGAAAGCAAAGGAUCUGUGUAUUGUGCUCCAUGUCUUCUUUUCGACGGCGAAUCAUCUUUUGCUUCGAAAGAUGGAUUCAGCGAUUGGAAAAACGCGGUAAUAAGGAUGAGUGAUCACGAAAAUUCUAAACAGCAUCAAAGUUGCUUGAAAUCUUUAAAAGAUAGAGCAAGUAAUUUUGGUAGAAUUGACAAAACUCUAAUAGCUGAAUACAAUAAAGAAGUAGCCUACUGGCAAAAUGUUUUAAAACGAGUUGUUGCCGUUAUUAAAGGUUUAGCAUCACGUGGAUUGCCUUUUAGAGGGCAUGAUGAAAAGUUUGGCUCUCUUCAUAACGGAAAUUACUUGAUGGUUUUAGAGUUGAUAGCCGAAUUCGACCCAUUUUUAGCAGAUCAUAUCUCUAGGUUUGGGAGUAAAGAUGUAAUAUUUCAAGAAAUACAUUAUGCGAAAUACUACUCUAUUAUUGUCGAUUCCACACCAAACAUUUCACAUGUGGAUCAACUGUGUCUCAUGCUGCGAUAUGUAAAUAAAGACGGUAUGUCCGUAGAGCGCUUUGUGACAUUUUUACAAAAUGUAGGCCACAAGGCUGCAGAUAUGGAUGAUGCUGUAAUUUCUACCUUGAAAACUCUUCAAAUUGACAUUGAAAAUUGUCGAGGCCAGUCUGCAUCUACCAGUCGUUGGGAUGUUUUACAAUGUUGCUGCAAAAAAUCUGAGAGAAUUGUUUUGAAAUCCGUUUCAAUAACACGUUGGUCAGCUCGUAAUGACGCCGUUCAUAUUCUUGAUCAGUAUUAUACUGAAAUACUUCAAGCUUUGUAUAGCAUCGAAGACGACGUUUCACAAAAAGCUGCAAUACGCAGUGAAGCUAAAGGGAUUCGAAAUCGUUUCGAAUUACUGGAGACAGCUUUCAUGCAAUGUUUGUGGAGUUUUUUACUUUCGAGAUUCAAUUCUGUUAGCAAAAAAUUGCAAUCUACGCAAACUAACCUGAAUGAAGUUGUUCGAUUGUAUAAAAGUCUUAUCAAGACUGUGGGUGACGCACGUGAAGACUUCGACUAUUUUGAAAAGAAGGCAUUCGAUUUGUCAGUUAAUCAAGAAUACAAAACAGAAGUGUGUCGAGUGAAACGCAGGAAAAUCUAUGACGAUGAAACAAGAACAGGAGAGGUGACAUUGCUCGGAAAAGAUAAUUUUAAAGUGAACACAUACAAUGUCAUUUUUGACAAUUUGUUAGCUGACAUACAAGAAAGAUGUCAAAAAUACGAAACUAUUUACGAAAAAUUCUCUGUUCUUAUUGAUUUCAUGAAUAUGGAUAUUGCUGAUAUUCGGGGAAAAGUACAAAUUUUACAAGGCGCUUUUAAUAAAGAUUUAGAGAGUUCACUAGAUGAUGAACUAAUCCAUUUUAAAGCCUAUCUUGAUUGUGAUAAACAAAACUUAAAGCAGCUUACACCAAUUGAAACUUUUAAGUUUUUAAAAAAGAAUGAUCUUGACUCGGUGUUUCCCAACGUUGACAUCGCAUACAGGAUGUUUCUCUGUAUGGCUGUCACAAACUGCAGUG